AAACAUAUUUGCAAUCGGAGAUGUAGACGGAAAAAUGAUUAAAAGAAACGAAACAAGAAUCAUGAGAAAGCGAGAAAGAGGAGAAUAAAGCGAAAUUGAGGAGAUCUGAAUUAAAUUAUUAUCAGAUCUCCUUUAUGGAGAUCGGAUUUUUCAUUUUCUGAUAACGAAUAUAUGGUUUAUUGAAUAUAUUUUUUCUCCCGACGGAUUUGGCUGGCUUGUAGAAUUUAUUGCAGGAUUCAUUGAUUGUUCUAGUAAUCGUUUUGUCGAUUGUUUUCGAUUCUUUCGUCUCGAACCGUGAGGCGUUGAGGUUGCUUGAUUAGGGUUUUUUGUUGGUCUGAUUGUUUUCAACGAUUUCGGAGAAAGAAAUCCGUUAUGGUGAAGAAUCUAAUCGAGAAAUCGGACAAGAUUUGAGAAUUCCUGGAUGGCUUCAGCGCAGGUGCUGCCCAAUUCAGGAGCUUCUUCACGUAGAGGGAAUCUUGAAGCUGCUGGGAAACGCCGGCUGGAGGAGUUUCGUAAGAAAAGGGCAGAAGGGCGUGCUAAAAAGCCUGCACCUACUGGUCAGCAACAAUCUAGUGAUCUUGGUGAACAUGAAAAACAGCCACAAGAAAGUGAACGUGUAAGACUUAUUGAUUCAGAUGGUGCUGUCACAUCUGAAAGAAAGAGUGUUUCUGCCUCCGAACUGUCUGGAUUCAUCACAGCAGGUGAUACCAAAGGUGACCUGGGUUCUUCUAGUGGGACACAUGGUGAGCCUUCUGUUUCAGCCAAUAAUUAUGACACAUUUUCUGCUCAUAGAGUUCAGGAGCCUGGAAAUGAUCAGGGUGCUAAGAACUCUGAUGGUUCAGGUCUUCCUGGAUCAAUACAUGGUUAUUAUGAUCAGUACAAUGAAGAAAAGAGCGAGCUUGGUGCUUAUCCUGGAAAUCAAGGUGGACUAGUGUAUGAGUUUACUAUGGAGCCAUCUGUUGCCCCUCAUCCAGGACAUGGUAUCCAAGAUAUCAAUAAGAACAGUUAUCAAUCUAGUUAUUAUUCCAUGGGUGAAGCUCAGUCAAAAGAAAAUGAGACAUUUUCGAUGGACUAUAGAAUAAAAAAUUCUAGUAUCACACAACCUGGGUUAGUUAGUGUUCCCAUGGAAAGUGAUUUGGGUUUUGCCAGCAAAUCAGGCAGUGGCAAUGUAUCUACCAUGUACGAAGAUUACUUUCAUUCAAGGACCAACUCAAUAGAGUCUGCUCCUGAAGUUAAGCAAUCCAUCAAUGCUAGUGUGGGUUUGAGCAGUCCUUCGAAUUUAAAUAUGGGGGAAUCAAUGCUUAGCAGAUUUAAUAGUCAUCACAAAAGUGUGGACGAUGCACCAUGGCGGAAAUCAGUGUCUCCAUCUACUGGUUAUGGUGUAGAUACCGGAAGUUUGUCCAAUCAUGUUUCACUACAUUCAGCUUCAACUGAAACUGGCAGUCGGCGACCUCGUCCAUCUUUCCUUGACUCUCUUAAUGUGCCCCGAGUAUCUUCGGAGUCUCACUUCACAAAUGCGGAAUUGGAAAAAGUGGAGCCCUUUAUGUCUAAAAGUUCGAAGAUUCACAGUGUUGAUGCCCUGCCAUCAUUUAAUUCUCAGCUGCAACAUAUGGGACCUACUGCUAAGUCAGGAACUCAAAAUUUCCUUAGUGGAUAUGAAGUACCUCUUGUGGGUAAUCCAGUUCAUAUUACUAAUGAGGGGGAAGCACUGAGGCAGAAUGUGAUGGAAAAUAGCAUUGAGAAGAAGAAGCCUGAGUUCCCUUUAUUGAAACAUGAUGAAGACUUCGCAGCAUUAGAACAGCAUAUCGAAGAUUUGACACAAGAAAAAUUCUCUUUGCAGCGAGCCCUGGAUGGUUCGCGAACUCUAGCUGAGUCAUUAGCUGUUGAAAAUUCAUCUCUGACUGAAAGCUAUAAUCAGCAGGGAGCAGUUGUCAACCAACUAAAAUCUGAUAUGGAAAGGUUACAGGAGGAAAUCAAGGCCCAGCUGCUGGAACUGGAGUCUGUCCAAAUGGACUGUGCAAAUGCUCGACUUGAGUGUAACGCUGCUGAUGAACGAGCCAAAAUAUUGGCUUCUGAGGUCAUUGGUUUAGAAGAAAAGGCUCUCAGAUUGAGGUCAAAUGAGCUAAAGCUGGAGAAACAAUUGGAGAACUCAAAUGCAGAAAUUACUUCAUACAAAAAGAAAGUGUCUAGCCUGGAGAAAGAGCGUCAGGAUUUGCAGUCAACGAUAGAUGCUCUGCAAGAAGAGAAAAAGAUACUACAAUCUAUGCUACGAAAAACAUCUACAAUUGGAAAGUCGGAUGAUGUCAGGAAGUCACCCAUCACUACAAAAGAUGUGUCAACUUCUACAGAGGACAUGGGUGAUGUUAUUUAUGCUUCAGUUAUUGGGGAAAAUAGUGGUGCUGACACAAGCACUUUCCACCUUGAAAUGCAAGACACUGCAUCUUUUCCCUCGAGAGGAACCUCAAUAUCCCCAUUGGUGCCUGAAAAUAUGCAAUUCCAUCCUUCAGCUUUGUCUGCGGCUAUCCCUCCAGAUCAGCUGAGAAUGAUUGACAACAUUAAUUCAUUGACUUCAGAGUUAGCAUUCGAGAAAGAAGAGUUAAUGCGAGCUUUGGCAGUUGAAUCCUCUUAUAGUUCCAAGCUGAAGGAUAUAAAUAUGGAGCUUUCCCGAAAACUGGAGGUUCAAACUCAGAGGUUAGAGCUCUUGACUACCCAAAGUAUGGCUACUGAGAACAUCUCAGCAAGACAAUCUGAUCCACAUUCCAUGACAGAGAGCAGAGUGUUCGUUGAUGAAGGGGAUGAGGUUGUAGAGAGGGUCUUGGGCUGGGUAAUGAAGCUGUUUCCUGGAGGGCCAUCAAAGCGCCGGACCAGCAAACUACUUUGAUCACAAUUUUGGGAAGUCCAACAACCAAAAUUUCAUGCCCCUCCAAACCCCUCCAUUUCUCCACUGUGGUGCAUUGGAGGGCCAUCUGUAUAUUGCGAGCCACUAAACUUGAUCCAUUCUUUUCAACAGAAGAAAAUGAAGGUUACUUAUUUUUUCCUUUUCCUUUUCCUUUUCCCCUUCCCUUAUUCUUUUUCCCUGUUUCCCAUUUCGUUGGAAGAGGCAUUUGUCAUUUCUUUGAUAUUAAAGAACAAUCCCUUAUCGAUCUUACGGAGAUAUGAGAAAGGAAAGAAAACUCCUUGAUCUCUCCCAAGUGGAUGAUGUGAUUCGUUAUUUUCUUUUCUUUUCUUUUCUCAAAUUUUAGUGGGGAAGAUGAUAGAGGCCAACAAAGAAUAGUAGUAAAAUACACUGUAAUUUGCCUUUGAAGUGAACUUAUUUUCAUACUUCUUGUAAUUGGGUUUCAACAUUUUGGGGAGCCCAAAAUCUUAACCCCUGAUACCUGGGUUCGGUUUGUGUGUGUACCAUAUCUGAGGAAUAUAAUGAAUUACAUUGAUGCAAUUGGUGAA